GAAUUAUGUGGGUUUGUCAGCCGCUACAGCCAAUGGGCAUGCUGCCUUGAUCGCGGAAGUUCUCCGUAUUCUUGUAAAUGCGUGGAAGGGCGCGUGCAAGGCAUGCUGAGAAAUUUCUUUGCAAAGAAAACGUCGGUGUCCAGGGGGAGUGUCACGAUGCUUGGCGGGUGUCAUGGCGAAUAUUCUGGGGGAGUGUCUGGGGAAUAUAAAGGGAGGGUGGGUACGGUAGGAUGAAGGGCAUCAACUCAACAAAGCAUACCAGAGCAUCAAGCACAAGACUCUACUACUACUCUCAUCAACUUCGAAUAUAUCGAACCAACAACAACAACAACAACAACAAUCACAAUGCGCAACUUCCUCAACACCAUUGCCAGCCGCGCAAAGGCUCACCACGAGAGCGUCAAUGCCGCAUACAACACCUACUACACCGGCUCAUCACCUGCCUCUCGAACAGCUUCACCUGAGGCUUCCCGCAGCUCUUCUGUUGCCAGCCCAUCCGCACCUAAGAACCCUACCAACGCCUCCAAGGCCUGGAAGGCUCUCAAGAAGCACCACCGCGAGAUGAACGAGGCCUUCGCUGUCUACUACAGCCCCGGCAACUCUCCCUCCGCUUCCAGGAACUCAUCUGCUGUCUCUAGCCCAAGGCAGAGUGCCGACGCACCCAGGAACUCCAGCGUCAGCGAGGUUAAGGAGGCUGGACCCAGGAACUACCAGAAGGCGUGGAAGGCUCUCAAGACCAGGGCUAUCGAGCACCACAGGAGUGUCAACGCUGCCUACAACCAGACCUAUGGAAUGCACAUGCACCAGUAGAUGGAAUAUAGGGAGGGACUCUUGAAGAGAAUUGGAGGCGGAAGUAAUGGUUGGUAGAUGAAAGGGAAACUGAAAACAAAAGUGCUUUUUUGGGACAGCAAUAUACCACUGUGGGAUUCAGUAGCUUGGGAGUUUUUUGAUAUUGGAAGAAUCAGAUCAAAUCGAUCUGAGCAAUGCACGAAGGAUUUAAUAACAUUUAUUUUUACAAAGGA